AUGAUGGGAGUGGUCAAGAACACCUACCCCCCGGCGUCACUGUACAACCGGCUCCCUUUCAUCCAUGACAUGGGCCACGUCGCCGAGACAUACGCAGACCAUCUCAACUACCUGAGAAACCUCAUGGACACGCACGACAUGCCGCCAAGUGUCUGUGUCAAGCUGAUUCACAUCCACUUCCAUCUCAACAAUGGCGAGAUCUUGGCUGUGCGCGAGUUGAACGCGCCGCCGCACGGCAAGAUCCCUUUCCUGCAGCCCACGACGCCCGACGUGGCAGGCAAUGUCUACGGCUGCAACUACAUUGUGGACGACGCGGGCGAUCUUCAGGCGUUUGAGUACACGACCACCGAGGGAGGGCCGGACCUGGCGGCGUACCCGGCCUUUGUCGCCGUAUUCUGCGCCGCCGUGGUGCAGCGCGGCAUGCAGCACAAGUUCGGGCUCGCCAUCAACUCGGGCGCGGCCGAGCGCGGCUCGUGGAUGGAACUCGACUUUCCCGAAAAGCGCGCGACCUUUCUGCUGCCGGGCCACGUGGCCCUGCCGCAAAGUGACCGUCUGGUGUUGAGAAGGACCAUCACCAAGUUCCCGAGACCCGACAACGACGGGCACGGCAACAGGGACUUGCCAACACACGGCCACAUUGAGAACACUUGGGGUUCAAGUAAAGGAAUCGGUCCUGAUGACCAGGAGCCUGUCGAUGGCGUCACAACCAAGAAUGGGCUGCAAUUGACAGGUGUUGCUCUAGAACCCGGCACUGCUUUCUACGUGGUGGCUUCGGCCAUCUCGGCGGCUGUGUACGGAGCAGACUAG